AUGGCGCGAACGAGGACUGUCCGUCGGGGCAACAGGACACUCGACAUCCUUCAGCUCAACGUGAAAGACUCCAUGAAACGACUUCUUGACCUCAAACGGGCUCUGUCCGAAGAGCUAUCCGACCAGCCACCGCAGAUUAUCGCCGUCCAAGAUGUCCCGAAAGGCUUCCCAUUCAUGCCGAUGCCUGGGUACCAUUUGCACUACCAUGCAAGCCGCGCUCUGACCGAAGACGACAAUCCCGACGCAGCAAAGACCAUAGCUGUCAAGGACAAGCCCAAACCGCGAAGCAAGUGGCAGCUUGAUCGAGUAGCGUUUUACGUGCAUGAGUCAAUACCGCUGGAAGAUUGGGGUGUCACCUACCACACAGAGAAGUCCAAAGGUCUCGUUGCGACAUUAUUCCUCAACACUACGUCAGGGGCUGUCAACAUCCACAAUGUGUACAAUCAGCACAAGCAACUGGACAUGGACCAUCUUUUCAGCUAUUGCAAAAUAUGCAGGUCAGAUAUUCUAUUGGGCGAUUUCAACCUGCACCAUCCCACAUGGGGAGGCGACGGUCUUCGCGUUGUGGAAGAGCAGGCGAGAGACCUGCACAGCCUCGCAGACGCCUAUUUGAUGAAUUGUAAGACCCCACGCGGUGCAACUACGUACUCGCGGUCAACCUCCACAGACCAGUACUGCUCCACCAUCGACCUAACAUUUGUUGGCGGGAACAUUGACUCCCUGUUCAAGAGCUGUCAAGUUAUUGAUGACCUGGCUGCUUUUGCCAGUGACCAUCGUCCGGUGCUCACGAGGAUGGAGAUGGCACCGAAUAUGGAAGUGAAGGCUCGGUAUUCCUGGAACGAGGUCAAGGGGAAAACCUUUCUUCCCACACUGAAGGAGACAACGUCGCAGAUUGGAUUCGCUCCCCUCGGUUCGUUCUCUGAUGCCGACGCCUAUCUUGUGCGGAUAACAGGCGCUUUGGCCAAGGCUAUGGCGCAAGAAGUCCCCAUUCGAAAACAGGUGGCACGCAGAAGGAAGCCGGCUAGUGCAAGCAAUGACAAGUUUGUCCUCACACGGGAGGCUGUGCUCGAAAAGCUGAAGGCUGGCCCCAACCCGAGGUUUAGAAGGUUCUUCAAAUGGCGGUCAGAGAAGAGAGACAGUCGACAGCGAAGAACGGAAUGGCGGCGGUUCAUCGCCACAGAAUCAGAGCGGGUUGUGCGAGGUAGGCAAAAGAUCUUUCAGUGGUCUAAGCUCUCCAAGGCAUGGGCUCAGCCGAAGGCUAUGCCGCACAUGCCCACGCUUGUUUCGGAUGAAGGGGUGCGGCACACAACCAACGAUGAAAAGGCAGUUCACUUCAUGGGAGCAAUGUGGCCUAACAUCAGCAAGGGCGACCAGGCACCCUCUGAGCUUAGGAUGCCCCAGCUGCCACCCGACAACCCUUCCAAACUCGCGAUAUCAAACGAGUUGCGGUCGGGUGAAGUUGCACGUCUGAUCAAACAAAUACCCAAUCGGAAGGCCGAGGGCCCUGACCAGAUCGCCAAUGAAGCGUUCAAGCUCGCGCUGCCAGUUAUUCUGCCAUACUUGAUUCACCUUUUCCAAGCUUGCCUCAAUUUGGAUUACCACCCCAAAGCCUUUCGCCACGCGCUCACCGUGGUGUUGCCCAAGGUUGGCAAGGAGACCUACCAAAAGGCGAAAAGUUGGCGUCCAGUGGCCCUUCUGUCCUGUCUUGGCAAAAUGUUGGAGAAAAUCGUUGCCAACAGAAUCAAAGAGCUGCUCAUGAGCAAUCCCCACCUGUGCCCUCUGCUCCAAUUCGGGAGCCCGGGAAAGAGCACGACUCAUGCGCUGGAGUACAUCACCAACUGGGUGCAUCGGAGUUGGCAAAGCCCCGUUGGGGGAAACGCUGAUCAUACAAGUCUCAUGGCGCUGGACAUAUCCGGGGCGUAUGACCAUGUGCGCCGAGAAGAGCUUCUGCAGCGGCUGGUGGACAAGGGCUUCCCCGACUGGAUUGUCAGGUUCGUUUGGUCUUUUCUGUCUGAACGAAGCACCGAGUUGCUCAUGCCGGGUUACCGUCCGGAAAAGUACUGGAUCAACAUUGGCAUCCCCCAAGGCAGCCCCCUGUCCCCGAUCCUGUUCAUCUUGUUCGCAGCCCCUAUCCUGGAAACCUUCGACAACUACAAGCUCAAGACCGGACAGGGAAAGAAACUGAGACGGAGGAGGGGCAACCGAGAGGCGAAGUGUGUCUUCUCCGUGAUGUCCUACGUCGACGAUACCAAUUUUCUCGUCUCGACGCCCUCUUUCGAACUAAACUGCGCCAUCUUGACAGAGCUGCAUGAGCGCCUCAUGGAAUGGGCUACCCCUCGUGGAGUGCAAUUUGGCCCUGACAAAUACGCGUUAAUGCACUUCCAGCAACGCAGGCCCAGGAAACCGGAGACGCAGCCCAUGCCAAAAAUCCCGGGCCUGAUCAGGGGCCGUCUCAUCAAGCAAGAGCUGAGAAUCCUCGGCCUCUUGUAUGACGCACAGCUUAGGUGGGAUAAACACAUCAAUGAAUUGAAGACGAAGGUUUCCAAGAUUUUAGGCUAUCAUACCAGAAUCUCUGGCUCGACGUGGGGGCCAACGUUGAUCCGCAUGCGGCAGCUCCACGUUUCCAAAAUCCGGUCCAUCGUUGGGUACGCUUCGCCGGCGUGGUUCAUACCACGGCACCACAGCCACAACCUCGGCCUGCCCCAGAAGUGGUUGAACAAACUCGAGGUGAUGCAGAACGACUCCCUUGUCAAAGUGGCCGGCGCUUAUAAGAUGACGGACCGGAUGGUGUUGAGAAAAGAGCUCCAUGUCGAAAGCAUGGAGCAUUACUUGGGCCGAAUCGCCCUCACCUAUAGGAUGAAGAACGUUGGAUCAGCGUACUUAAAGGCGCUGGGGAAAGCCCAACAGGGGAACCGUAACCCCAUGGGCAAAGAUCAACGAAAGCUUCAAAACCCAUUCAUCGUGCUAUACGGCGAAGCCAAGCGCGAGCUGUUGACGGUCAAAACGCAGUUCACCAAACAAAACAAGGAUGGUGAAGAAGUGUUGGCCCAAACCAAACACUCCGGUAGCAUCCCGGCGGUGGUGAAGCUGAUAAAAGCACAUACCACAGCCCGAUGCGCGGACAAGUGUGCUAGAGAAUGGGCAGCCUAUGUGAGGGAGAAGUCGAAUAACCGGAAUAAAAUUCCGGCGGCCUACUUAGAAACUUGGGGCCCUCAAAGCCUCUCCUAUUACCGACAUCUCGACCGAGCUGAGUCGACCAUGUUGAUGCAAUGCCGGACAGAAACCAUCGGCCUGAACCGUUGGCUUAACAAGAUGAAUUCGAAGGAGAAAACGUACUCCGCCUCGGAUAUCUGUCCGUGCAAGAAGGGCCCGCAUACAAUCGAACAUUUGUUCAUGCGUUGCCCUCGAUUGACCAUGAAGCGGCGUGAGUUGGUCGCCGAGGUCAAGGAGUUCAGGCUCCCCAAACUUUUGACAUCCGAUGCCAAAGCGGCGUCGCGAUGGGCCAUCCUCAACUUCGGCCUGGAUCAAUUUGCCUGGCCGAGAGAAGAGUUGAUGGUCUCCUAA